AUGGAGACUGACAUACAAAAUGAGAAUUGUUUAACAGUAUUGGAAAGUUUUCCUAAUGAAUUAUUCGUUCAAAUCUUCUCUUAUUUAACUUCUAUUGAUACAAUUAUUGCAUUUUCAAAUCUAAACAAUCGCUUUCAAUGUUUAGUUUUAACAUAUUGUCAAACAUUUGAUUUGAUAUCAAUAAACAAGAAGAAAUGCGAUUUUAUUUUUCAAUUUCAUGAGACAAAUCAAUGGAAAUCAUUACGCAUAUCUAAUAACGAUCAAAGACCAUUUUGGAUUGAUUAUUUUAUAGAAAAUUAUUUUUCUAUCAAAAAUUUUUCUCAACUACAAACAUUAUCUGUUGGACAACUGAACGAUAAAACUCAACAGUUAUUCUUUUCUCUACUUCCAUCUUUAACAAAUUUGAUUUCUUUAUCAAUUGAUUCUCUAUGUGGAAAAGAGAUAUUACCAUUUGAUUUACCAAAACUUCAAAAAUUCAUUUUUGGUUCAUGUGAAAAUAUAGAUUGGAUUAAAAACUUUUCUCGAAUUGAAACAAUCGAAUAUACAUUAAAUCAUUUUUGUGAAAAGAAAAAUAAAUUAAUAUGGCCAUUAAUAAUAAAGAAUCUAAAAAUUGUUUUUUUGGUUGAUACUGAUUAUUCAUUAAUAUUAGAUUCUCUUGUUCAUUUAUCUCAAUUAAUUACUCUUGAAAUUUAUGAAAUGCGAGUAGGAAAAGUACCGUUGAACGGUCAAAGAUGGGAAGAUCUUAUUCGUUCAUCAUUUCCAUUAUUAAAAACAUUUAAAUUUUAUUUUAUAUUUCGUUCAUUGACAUCACAAGAAUUGAAACGACUAGUAGCCUCAUAUUCAACACCAUUCUAUAUUAAAGAAAAGCAAUGGUUUGUCUAUUGUAAUAUCUUUGCUAAUUCUAAGAAUAAUCGAUAUGGAAAACUUAGCAUAUUUUACACAUUACCAUAUCCUAUGGAAACAUUGACAAUUUAUAAAAAUUCUUUUAAGAAAACCAUUUCAAAUUUACCGAUCAAUAAUCAUUUGAAUAUCUAUACAAAUAUUAAAACGUUAAUAUUUGAAAAUUAUAUCACACCAAAUCAUGACUUCAAUAAAACUAAAAUAAUCAAUUUAGUAAUUAAUACUCAAUUCGAAUCUAUUUAUUGGUUACAUGCAUUAACUAAAUUAGAGCAAUUACAUAUUGAUCAUUUUGGAUUUAUCUCUAUGGAACAAUUUCAAAUUCUAUUAGAUAAUACACCUUAUUUAUAUUCAUUAUCUUUGAGAAAAAGUCAAUUGAUAAGAUUGACAGAUAACUGGAAUGAUGUUCAUAUAUGUAAUCAUUUGUCACAAAAGAUUCGUGUUUUAAAAUUACAUUCAUAUAAAAAUCCACUAGAAUGUCUGAAUAGACAUGAACUUGAACGAAUACUGUCGAUUUUCGAAACCAAAUGUGAAUAUUUAUCAUUGGGUCUUCAAACCACAACUAAUACAAUCGAUUAUAUUUUAUCACGAAUGUCUGCAUUGAAUUAUUUACAUAUAUUUGUUCGAGAAAAAUUUCGCUUACCAAUAACAAAAACACUAACAAUGGAAUGGUUAGAAAAACAACAAACUCAAUUUAAUAAUUCAAAUUGCAUUAUCAUCAACAAUAUACAUGGAAAUUAUUUUUGGUUAUAA